AGGAAUCUAGAUGGCGUAGCAUUUGCACAGCAAGUGAGAUGUGGACUUCUGUCAAUUUGUAAUCUGCUUGCAAUUCCUUUAAUUAAACAAAAGAUCAUUUCACAAAUAAAUAUCUAAAAUUCCACUAUGGGAAUUCUUACAAUAAACUACAUGAAUCGGUACUUCAACAAAACUUUAGUUAUUAUAAAAAAAGGGAACUGCAAAACCGUGCAAGCAUUGAAUAAAUACACUUACAGUGGGUGAAAAAAGUUCUUGUACACUCAGUCUCUUAGUAAUAAUUCUUUGUUUCGUAUCAGUAGUUGAUAAUUUACAAUUAAAAAAUAAUCUGAACAUAAUGAUGAUUUGUAAUCAAAAAGAUAUUUAAACACUGAAACUAUUCUACAAAAUCUUUUUAGUGCUAUUGGUAUAAUAUUUUAUGUUUAUAGCUGAAACAUAUAUUGCAAAAAGAUAAGUACAUAUGAUUGUCAAAUCAAAUGCCUAAACAUAUGUCAGAACUUUAUUCUUGAGGAAUUAAUCUGGUUUAUUCUUUGACUUGAUCACUUCAAUCAUUGUGUUAUUGUGUGGAUUUCAAUUCACUUCAUAUUUUUGAUACUAUAAAAAUGGGUUUGCCCUGUGAUUGGCAAAUAAACAAAAAAAAUAUUUCAGAACGUGGCCAAUAUUUAUUUGAGACAGGCCAAUGGUCUGAUUGUGAAUUUAUCGUUGGAAAAGAUCCUCAUCGACAAAUAUUAAAGGGACACAAAUUAUUUUUGGUCAUUUCUAGUCCUGUUUUUGAAGCAAUUUUUUAUGGAAACAUGACAGAGAAAAAUGAUCCAAUACCAAUUCAAGAUGUUCAACCUGAAAUUUUCAAAGCCUUUUUGAAAUAUAUAUAUACAGAUAAAGUUGAUUUGGAUUGUUUUGAAGUAGUUUGUGGAUUGUGUCAUUGUGCUAAAAAAUAUAUGAUCCCACCGCUAGUAGACAAAUGUAAAAAAUAUCUCACUUCUGAUUUAUCUCCGCAGACAGUUUGUAAAGCUUAUGAACUUGCUAAAUCAUUUGAGGAUCCAAUACUUAUGGAAAAAUGCCUUCAAGUUAUUCGCAAAAAUACAAAUAAAGUUUUGGAAGCUCCGAGUUGGAAGGAUAUCGAAUUAGAAACCAUAUUAACUGUGUUAAAGGAAAACUAUUUACAAAUUAAUUCUGAAAUUGAAUUAUUUAAUGCUGUAGAAUGUUGGGCAAAAGCUGAAUGUGCAAGGAAAUUACUUGAUCCAGAUGAUAGAAAAUCAAUAAGAUCUGUAAUUGGUAAUGCUUUAUCAAAACUUAGAUUUUUAACAUUAAGUCCUCGAGAAUUCGCAGAAGGUCCAGCUAUGUCACUGUUGCUUAUUCAAGAAGAAGCUUUCCCAAUUCUUAUGAAUAUACUAUGCACUUGCAAAAAACCAUCUAUGCCUGAAGGAUUUUCACUUAAUAGAGUUAAGAGGAAAAUUUCAACCUACAUACCUGUAGCACCAACGAUCAAGCGAUCGAUAGCUCCUGCUUCAUAAAACUCCUGUGGAGCAUAGAAGGCCGAUAAUAAGGAUCUUUCUCCAGACUUUAAUGCCGAUCGUGAGUCAACUAGGUCGAGGGUUUUUGGGGUCAACGCGGCGAUGAAGAAGAGUCCAGCCGACGCAACAGAAUUCGCGAGUGUCGCGUCCGUUCGAGUAUCAUAACCGCGAAAGUAGCCUCGAUGCGUUAAACGUAGCUGGUACCUUUAAUCAUACCAUAAUUAAAAUAUACAUAUGUUGGUACGUUACAGUAGGCGUCAUAUUUGAAAUUACAAUGUUCCUUCAUAGAGAAAUUAUUCAUUUGUAAACUAAUGCAGCUAAGUAUAUGCCAUUACAUUGAAAUUUAUUAAUAUUUUAUUUCAUAAAACAUGUUCAACGCAAGAUAUUUAUCUUUACCACCUCAAAUUUAUUUUCUUAUAUGAAAAAAUAUUUCAAACAAAAAUAUACGUCAUUAACCUUUUAGCUACGAUUGGACUAGCCAUGAAGCAGUACUUCUGUAAUGCAAGGUUUGACGCGAUCUGUGUAUCAUACAUGUAAUAUCACUGCAAUUUGAGACUAAUAAAAUUUUCCACUGUGCAAUUACGUUAAAUUGGACUAUAAUGUGCACAAUUAUCGAUGACAGAGAAAGAAUUGUACCGCUAUAGUGGCAUACUAUUUAAAAAAAUGAUAUACACGAAAGCUAUUAUAGUGGCGUACAGUAGCUAAAAGGUUAAAGAGGGCAUACAGUAUUAUAAUAAAUUAAUAAAUUUUAAGUUUCUAAAGUGUAUCAUGCAACAUUUGACUUCGCGUUUCAAAAAUAUUAGACACUGAGUA